AAAACCAACUGCUCGAUUAUAACAACAUAAUAUAAAAUGGAAAACAUUUAAUUAUCAUUACUUUACUUUUCUAUGAAUAUCCUUAUGGAUCAUACAACAUUGAGACUACGUCCCAUUCCUUGUGAAUAUCAAGCAACCAUAAUGCAACAGUACAACAGAACGAGGACAGAAUGUUGAGAGAAUCCAUACUAGAAGAAAUGUUAUCUACAUAUGAUAAAAGAUUUCCACCUCAUUAUAACGACAUAAUUCCAGUUAAAGUUAAAGUACAGAUGUAUGUGUUGAGUGUAUUUGAGAUCGAUGCAUCUGAAAUGACGUUUUCAAUCAGUAUGUUUCUGAGACAAGAAUGGGUUGAUCGUCGACUUCAAUUUGAAACCAAAGAUAAUUUGUCGAAAAUUGAAGUGGAUAACGAAAUCACAAAAGAAAUUUGGCUACCAGAUCUGGCUUUUAAAAGUGAUACGUAUACAUAUUUCCAUGAGCUUACACGUCCAAAUACAUUGAUGAUCAUUUAUCCAAAUGGGAAAGUCGUAUAUAGUUUAAGGGUGACCGGGAAAUUCACGUGUUAUAUGGACUUGACAAAAUUUCCAUUUGAUGAACAACAUUGUCCUGUUGAGUUAGAAAGUUAUGGCUUUACAAACUCAAUCAUCUCUUUUCGAUGGUCACAACCAGCUGUAGUUUAUCGUGAGGGUGUAAAGCAUAGUCAAUUCGAAUUAGGAGAGCCACAGUCUUAUACAUGCGAUCAGAUAUAUUCAACAGGUAACUACAGUAGUAUUGGUGUAACUUUACCGUUUAUAAGGCGAUAUGAGUUUUAUCUGAUUCAGAUAUAUGCGCCAUCUGUUCUUAUCAUCAUGCUUUCCUGGGUAUCAUUUUGGUUGAACGUAGAUGCAAUCCCAGCAAGAAUUUCCCUCGGUAUACUGACAGUCCUUACUAUUUCUACAAACGGUAACAUGAGUGUUUCCAUGGCUCAGCGUGUGUCCUACAUACGGGCUAUUGAUAUUUGGAAUUCUGUGUGUUUGAUCCUUGUAUUCUGUGCCGUUGUGGAGUAUGCAUACGUUUGUGUCUCAGUUAGAGUUCAUCAAAGGAGAAAGUCGGAUAUAUCGUCUAGCGAUAUCGAAAUAUGUAACCAGCAUAAAGAGAUGAAGCAUGAACUCCAGAGCGAAAAACAAAGUGAACGUUCAUAUGAUCAACUGGAAACGGUAACAGCAAGGACAGUCGAUAAAAUAUCCAGAGUUUUGUUCCCUUGUGUAUUUUUUAUAUUCAAUUGUGUUUACUGGUUAUAUUAUAUGACAUAAGCGAGCAAACAAUACAGUUUUUUUUUAAAUUCAA